AUGAAGUAUUUUGGUCCUCUAAAUUGUGUGAUCUUCCAGGACAAAGGUGGCAUUACAUCUGCUUUAGAGAGCGAGGCUGAAGAAGGAAUGGAACAAACUUGCAAGAAAACGCAAAGCAGAGACAAUAGCAAUAGCAGAAGAGAACUAUUUUUCGGUGGUGGAGAAGAGUCCACAGCUGGCAGGCACAAUUUACAUCUGCACGAUGCCAGGAUGAAGUAUUUUGGUCCUCUAAAUUGUGUGAUCUUCCAGGACAAAGGUGGAAUGACAUCUGCUUUAGAGAGCGUAACGGAAAACCUUCGUCGUUUAGAGAGCGUAAGGGAAAGCCUUCUUCGUUUGGUUCAGGAGGCUGAAAGAAACACAAGCACACUUAUAGAUGAAUCAACUGGAGUCUUAAAAAAGACUGAAAGUGAAUAUAAAGGGCACCGCUCUUUGUUGUCGAGAACACGAAAUCUCCUCUCCGUUAUGCAACGUCAAGAUGUCAUGGACAGAAAGGUUACUGAGGCCAUAAAUGCUGGUAUGGUGGGACAGGCAGAGCUAAGACCACAAGCUGUUGCAGAUGACUUGAAUCUUUAUCAAGUCAGAGACGAUCAUGUUCAUAAUAUAGAGGCUCCUUUAGAACAAAGAAUACAUGAUGAACUAUGA